UAGCUAGCUAGCUAGCUUAGUGUUAACAUAGCUCAUUACAAUAUUCCCUUUCAUUUGCCUCAAGUAAACCUAAAUUUAAGCAGGUAACAAUCGUUAACAACUACAGAUAGCCACAUUCUGUAACUACCUGUACUUACAAUUUCACUCCGUGCAUCAUUUACUAUGAGCUAAACUCCUUGGCUGUAAUCCUGCUGUCUUGAUGAGAGACGUUACUUGGCAGAGUGAGAAAGCCAGCGCAGCACCCCUAACCCUAACCCUAACCCUAACCCCGGCAUGAAAAAGCCCAUAAUGUAGCCCCCCCUGUUCCUGCAGGAUCUCUGGAGGCCAGUGUCUCUGUGAAGCCUCCGGGGCCAAACAUCUACCUGGGUGAGCGUGUGCUCCUGCAGUGCACAGUGGAGUCCCUCUCUGCUUUUGUGAAGAGCUACUGGUGGUUCAGGUCCAAACCACACAGGGCUCCCCCCCAGGCACCUGGUCUCUGGUGACAGCUACUUCAUGACCGCGGUAACACGGGAGGAGGCCGACAGGUACUGGUGCCAAGCCGAGUGUCGGGAGAACCGGACUGAGGUUGAGCUAAAGGCCCGGCCAGUCUCGCUUGGAGUGUCAGAGUUGCCCCCUCCCUCGCUCUCUCUGACUCCUGACACCAGACAGAUGUUCAGUGGGGAGUGUUUCACUCUGCAGUGCCUCACAUCUCAGACUAACUCCUCAGGGUGGAAGCUGGUGCAUUUCUCUCCUGACCUAAAAGCAGGGACCUCAAACCUCACCGUUCACUAUUCAACGCCAGGAGAUGGCGACAUCAUUCUGAAGACCCAAGCCUCCCCUGUGUUUACGGGUGACGAUGUCACCUUGUGUUGUCAGCAUCAGAGCGGCAAACACAAACAAACCAGCUUCUUUAAAAACGGAGCAUUGAUUGACUCUAACAGUUCGUCCGGUUCAGACCGAGUCGUAAAGAUGACUCUUAAGAAUGUGACACGGGAAGAUGAAGGCUUCUACAGGUGUGCGUCCCACGACAGACAGCUGCAGAGUCCAGAGAGCUGGUUAUCAGUGAGACCGGACAGAGGAAACUUCACAUCAGAGGAGACUCCAGCCUCCACUGGUUCCUGGAAAUGGAUCAUUGCUUCAUGUGGGGUUCUACUUCUGAUCGUCAUUCCUUUGACUGUUUGGCUCGUUUGUCACUACAGGUACCAGAAGUUCUGCACUUGGAGCUGCUGGCCAGUUUCCAAACAGGAAGUUUCAGCAGGGGUGCUUCCUGCCACCAAGUUGGAUGUGACGGAGGUGCAGUGGGACCUGUCCUGGAUGGAGAUGUCCAACCUGUUUGAAAAGGAUUCUUAUUGUGGCACUUAAAGGGAAACUCUCUUCUGAAGCCCAGAGAAAGUAUUAACUAUUGGGUCAAACCUAUGAGAAAGCUCAGUCAGUGCUGCAAUUUGUAGUAUUUCAUGGUCACAUGUCAAAAUAGUGCUGCCUGAUAUAUUUUUGAAUUGAAUUAAAUGAGAUGUUUAGGAUUUAUAAGGAUGACUACAUUUGCUGA